GACAGGAGAGAUGGCAGUGCUGAAGGCAUGCAGCGUCCUGGUGACCGGGUCCAACCGAGGCAUCGGCUUGGAGCUGGUCAAGCAGCUGGCGGAGAAAAGCAAGCGGCCUGAAUGGAUCUUUGCUACCUGCCGGGACCCAGAUGGACCAAGUGCCCAGGAUUUGAAGAAUUUGGCUGCCACAUAUCAGGGAGUGGAGAUCAUCCAGCUGGACACCACCGACCCAUUCAGCAUCAGGGCUGCUGCAGCCAGAGUCACCGAGCGGCUGAAAGGAGCAGGGUUGAAUCUGCUGAUAAACAAUGCAGGGAUUGUAAAGCCAAAUAGUCUGGAAUCCGAGACACCAGAGGACAUGAUUGAGGUGUACAAGACCAACGUGAUUGGGCCGUUGGUGAUGAGCCAGGAAUUCCUGCCCUUGCUGAGGAAAGCAGCUCAGGAAAUCCCCCAGAAAGGGAUGACCUGCAGCAAAGCAGCCAUCAUCAACUUAUCCAGUUCAUGCGGCUCUAUAACAAAUUUGUUUGCAUGGGAAUUUGGACACAUCAUCAAUUACCGUUGCAGCAAGGCUGCCCUGAACAUGCUCACAAGGUGCCAGUCCCUGGGAUUUGCCAAGGAUGAGAUUCUGUGCAUUUCGUUGCAUCCUGGGUGGUUACAGACAGACAUGGGAAAUGGACCGACACUGGCCCCAACAAAACUGGACGAAGGUGUGAGAAUCAUCCUGAAUACAUUGGCCUGUCUCUCUGAGAAAGAGAAUGGAGCGUUUGUGAACUGGGACGGAGAAAUCAUUCCCUGGUGAGACACUCAACUUUCGACGUGUCCACACUUCAGGAGGAGCUCCUUGCUCCGGGUAAAGCAAAUGCCUGAAGAGCUGAGCCUUUCACUGCAAUAAAUACAUUUCCUGCUGAAAAAGUUGCAAGCCCCUCUUUAUUCCUGCUGCCCUGUGUGCUGGGAUUCCUCCCAGUAGGGUUAUAUCUCACCUUACCAGUGUGUUAUUUGUUUUUGAACAGUGCAAGUCUUGUGUGUCUCUUCUUGGCCACAAUUGCGCAAAUCAGCAUCCUUGAACACAGAUUCCAAGCGGAGGGCAAUGAACAUAGUAUGAGAAAUGGUGGGAUAGGUUAUUGGCUUGUGUGACAAAAUCACAACGCUUGCCAUGUAGCUUUAUUAAUGAAUAUGUGUGUUUGCUGUGUGAAACAGAAUA